AUGUUUGUGCCCAGUGGUUUCCAACAUUACUGUACGGCUCAGUUAGUACGAACCGUUGUACUAACUGUUGGAAACGCUGUGCAAGACGAGGUGGUCACAUAUAUCAUUGGAAAUCUACAAAGAUUGAUAAAUCAAGGCCUUGACAGAAAUGUUGAAAUAACAGGAGAUCUCGUAUUCAUCACUGGCGGUACUACAACCUCCAAACUUCAACGGAAUAACACUAAUAAGAACCUUGGACCUGGCCAUCUCGGGUACAGAGUUAUUGUCGACACCCCUAAAACAGGUUAUUGCGUCGACGCUGCAGUCCGCAGUGAGGCCAAGGGCCAACGGAUUCUUAGUAUCCCUUCCGUGAAGUCGCUGAAGCCUGGAGAGAACCUUGAACUAGUUGUCGUUCCAGAUAUGUUAGCAGAUGGUGCCUACAGCCAAGUCAUUACAGGGGCAAUUUAUGUUAUCCAUACCACUUCACCUCUAACCUCAGCAUACAAGGACGAUGACAAUAUGGAGAAACUGUUCAUUGAGCCCGCAGUCAAAGGCGCCAUGAACAUCCUUGAGGCGGCGAAUAAAGCGGCAUCAAUCAAGCGAAUCGUCAUUCCUUCAUCGUUUGGCGCUAUUUGCUCGUUCAAGUAUUUAGUAUCUGAAUUUUCUUCAACUCUCUUCGAUGAGACAAUGCGCACGUGGUUUCUCCCUCCGCCGUAUGUGAAUGCACUCAAUGGAUACUGUGCAAGCAAGAUCAAAGCACUAAAUGACGAUGAGGAGUGGAUGAAGCGAGAGAGGCUAGGUUUCGAUGUCAUCCAUAUGUUUCCGUCGUUCUUCAUUAGCAGUGAUGAACUGGCCACCAACACUGAAGACGUGUUUAACGGAACCAAUAGCUUUGUCCCUGGCCUGGUUACUGGCAAAGAUAUCGGUGCUAUUCCCGGAUGCACGAUUAAUAUUAACGAUGUUGCUUUAGCCCAUGUGAAGGCUCUCGAUUUGAAAGUUUCUGGGAAUCGGGGAUAUAGUGUCAUCAGAGACGGUAAAGUAGGAGCAAACUUUCGAUAUUGCUGCGAAGGAGUUUCCUGUUGCGGUCGCAAAGGGGAAGUUGUCGGAUGA